AUGCUUCCUAUUCAAACAAUUACACGUAAAACAGCUUUAAUAGCUAGUGCUAAUGCAUUGGCUGCUACUCGUUCUGUCCUGAAGGCUUCUUAUACAACUAGAAAUAGUCGAAUCUCGGUUGAAAACCCCGUUGUUGACUUGGAUGGUGAUGAAAUGACUCGAAUUAUUUGGGCUGAUAUUAAGGAUAAACUUAUUUUGCCCUACAUCAAUCUGGAUAUCAAGUAUUAUGAUCUUGGUAUACAGAAUCGUGAUAAAACUGAUGAUCAAGUUACUAUUGAAGCUGCUGAAGCUAUUAAGAAAUAUAACGUUGGUAUCAAAUGUGCAACUAUUACACCUGAUGAAGCUCGGGUCAAAGAAUUUAAUUUGAAGAAAAUGUGGAAAUCACCUAAUGGUACUAUUCGUAAUAUUUUGAAUGGUACUGUUUUUCGUGAGCCUAUUCUUAUGGAUAAUAUUCCUCGUAUUGUUCCUGGCUGGACUGAACCUAUUGUCAUUGGUAGACAUGCAUUUGGUGACCAAUACCGUUCAACUGACUUCUUGACAAAUAAAGCAGGCAAAUUUGAAAUGACAUUUACCCCCGCAGAUGGAUCUGAACCACAAAAAUGGACAGUCUUUGACUUCCCAUCUAGUGGUGGUGUCGGUAUGGCUAUGUAUAACACGAAUGAAUCUAUCACAGGCUUUGCUCAUAGCUGUUUCCAAAUGGCCCUUCAAAAACGUAUGCCCCUUUAUCUCAGCACUAAAAAUACGAUUCUCAAGAAAUAUGAUGGCCGUUUUAAGGAUAUCUUUGAAGAAAUUUACCAAACUCAAUAUAAGGAAGCAUUUGAAAAAAACCAACUUUGGUAUGAACAUAGACUGAUUGAUGAUAUGGUUGCACAGGCACUCAAAUCUAAGGGUGGCUUUGUUUGGGCAUGCAAAAACUAUGAUGGUGAUGUUCAAUCAGAUAUUUUGGCUCAGGGCUAUGGAUCUCUUGGUUUGAUGACUUCAGUUUUGGUGACUCCUGAUGGUAAGACGAUGGAAGCUGAAGCUGCUCAUGGUACUGUUACAAGACACUACAGAGAAUAUCAAAAGGGUAAUCCUACUUCUACAAACCCAAUUGCAUCCAUCUUUGCUUGGACAAGAGGUUUAAGUCAUCGUGCUAACCUUGAUAACAAUGGAGCUUUGAAAAAAUUUGCUGCUGAUCUUGAACAAGCUUGUAUUCAAACUGUUCAAAGAGAUAAUGUGAUGACAAAAGAUUUAGCUUUAACCAUCCAUGGAAAAAAUCUUAAACCCGAACACUAUGUUACAACAUCAGAAUACAUGAAACAAGUUAAAAAGAAUUUGGAUGCCUCUAGAUCAAUCUAA